UGGAGAUUUAUGUACUUGGAAAUUUAAGCCACCCAGUAUAUUUGGUAUAACUAACAUAACAAAAGCGCAUGUGCAUUGCUUUUAGUUAUGAAGCAUGAUUCUACCAAUAAGAACUGAUAUGCGCAAAAUGAAUGGAAAAAGAAUUUGUUUCUCAGGGUAGGAAACAUUUAUUGUAACUCAAGAAAAUAAACUAGAACGCGUAACAUGUGUACAAAUUCAACCUUUGUUUUGAACGAAAUGAGCAGAAAUUAUUAAGCAUAUUUUGAACAUGAAAUAAAUAAAAUAAUAAAUAUGAAAAGUAAUGCUUGUGCCAUUAUUACAAAGGGUUAUCAUACUGAUAUUGCUUUAAAAAUUUACAGCAAUCGAGUAUUGUUGAUUGUAACACACUUUAAGAAGUUUGGAUCAUUAAUAGCAGUAACUCGAGGAUCAUCAUUUCAUCCAUUUAGUAGUAGUAUAUAUUCUACAAAGGUUUUAUUUGGAAAGGAUGACAUUGAAAUUGUUGCAGCUGCUCGUUAUAUAGCAGAACAAAUUAAUAUAGAUAAACCAUUAUUAAUAUCAUUAUCCUUAAAAGAUUAUGAACCAGAUACUUUAAAAGCCAUUGUUGCUGCUAUAAAUACAUUAAAAUGAUAUUACUGUUAUAAAAUAACAAU